AUGGCUGCCAAGGAACGGAUGGCGACGUUCCGUUUGUCGCGGCACGGCCUACCGGUCGUCGCGUUGCUCCUCGUUGUCAUCGCGACGAUAUCGCCGCUCGCUGCCACUCGCCCCACCCCUACUCUUACGGAUACUCUUUCCAAUGAAGCUUCCACGAACUCGCGAUCAUCACAGGGUCGUCUCGGCAAUCCCAAGGCUAGCACCGAGGCCAGUCUCCUCAAUUCCGAUGUUGAUCCACGUUCUACGUCACCCCCAGUGGAGACAAAAUCGCUGGGCGGCGGAUCAGAUCUCCGCGCCUCCUCGUCGCGUCAAAUCGAAUCUCUCGCGACUGUUGGACUCGAGCUGGAGCUGAGUCAGCACCGACCAAUCAGAUCUCUCGCGCGGAGCCCCGUGGACGCGGAAGAGGCGGAAGAUGACGCGGAGAUCCCCGCGGAGAUUCCCCCCGGUAGGGUCGGGAAAGGCCCAGCCGACGCGGGGUUGGCGGAAGAAGCAGAGGGCGCGGCGGAAGCGGCGGAGAUUGCGGAAGAGGAGAUUGAUCCGCCCAGGAAAACGGUAAAUAAGAAGAAAAGCGGUGUGGGUGGUCCGGGCAGGGGGGGAGAAGACGAAUUGGGGGAGGAAGCGGAGGAGGAAGCUGGGGCGGAAGCGGAGGUUGGGGAGAAGAAGCGGAAGGGGGAUGUGACUGGGGAAGGGUCGACGAAAGGCGGGGUUACUGGGAAAGGGGCGGGAGUGGUGGGGGAAGAGGCGGAGGAGGGGGAGGAAGAAGCGGAAGCCGAGGGAGCGGCAGCAGGAAAAAAGACUACUCCGGGGAAAGCAGCAGCAGCAGCAGCAGCAGCAGGGGAAGUUGGUGUAGGGAAAACAGGGGCAGGGGGGGAAGGGGGAGCAGGAGGCGGGUUGAUAGGCAGUGGGGGGGAAAGCACGCGCAAGACAGCAGCAGAGCGAGACGCGGAGGUGAGGGCGGAGGCGGAAGGGGAGGGGGAAGGGGAGGGGCUGGCGCAGGGGCUGGGGAAGGGGAAGGGCAAAGGGGGAGGGGGUUUAGAGGCGGAAGGGGAAAAGAGGGCUGUAGGGGAGCCUAUAGAGCAAGCAGCAUCGGGGGAUGAAGGGGAUAAGUUUGAGGAGGGGGCAGGGGGGAUGACAGGAAAAGGUGCUGGGGCGAGAGGUGGGGGAUUCGCGGGGGAGAGAGGUGGGGAGGGUGCUGGGGGGUUGGGCGUGGAAGGGGGUGAGGAGGGAGGUGGGGAAGGGGGCGCGGAAGGGGGUGCGGAAGAGGAGGAGGGAGCAGCAACGGUGGAUGAGCAACCAUGGGCGGAGGGGCAGCCAAAGGGAAGGGCGGGCGAGGGGGAGGCGGAGGGGGCGGGGGGAGUGGUGGGGGGAGAGGGCGUGUUUGGUGGGGAAAAGGGUGGUGCCGGUGGUGCUGGUGCUGGCGCUGGUGCUGGUGGUGCUGGUGGUGCUGGUGGUGGUGGUGCGGGUGAUACUGGCAGUGGGAAGAGUGAUAGCAGCAGAAAGGGCGAUUUCUCUGGGGAAACCGACCAAGCCCCCUCGUCUGGUAACCCGGUUACCACACCCGAAACCACCACUCCCCCUAGCAGCAGUAGCAGCAGCACGAGUGCCACUAUCCUUCUGUCCAUCAAACGAGCCCUGAUCCAGCUCUUAAAGCCCUUGAUUAUCUCCACUAUGGCAACCAUCUACCCCUUUGUUGGUGUGGCAAACGCGGAAACUUUCGCGGUGUACCUCGUGCUAGGGGCAUUUACCCUGGCAAUCAUAGGUUCCCUGGUGGUAAUCAUCGCGUGCUACUGUUGCUGCAGGACCAGGCAUGGGGAAGGGCCGUUGUAUCAGAGCGUUGCUGGGGCGGAGGGGGAUACAGGGAGUGGGUUUGGAAGCAAGGUGGGGGGUGUGGGUGGGAGUAGGGGCUCGGAAGAACAGUGGGAUUGGGACGAGGAGGACGGGGAUGGGGAUGAUUGGGAGAGAGUGGGGAGGGAGAAGGGAGGAGGAGGGGGGGGAGUGGGGAGGGGUGCUAUGGAGGUAGAGGUUCGGUCACCUACUAGCAGUUCGUUAAAGCUGGGAGGAGGGUCUAAGUCGCCUUUUGGUGCUGCGGGUGGUGGCGGCGGCAGCAGUAGCAGCAGUGGCAAGCCGUUGUUUCUCAAACCGGCUGUCACCUCUGUUUCUCCUACUGCUGCUGUUCUUGCCUCCGCUCCUGUCGUUGCUCCUCUCGCUGCCGCUGCUCUUCCUGCUGCUGCUGCCUCUGUAAUUGGCGCUGGCAACGGUGUUACCAGCACGGUUACCAGCAUCAGCAGCACUGGUGUAACCAGCGCUGCCAGUGGCAGUGCCAUGAGCAAGAAACCGGUGCGGACAGGAUGGGUGGAUGAAGAGGAGGAGAAGGAGGAGGAGGAUAUUGGAUGGGGAGAGCUUGGGUCUUCUCUUGGGUUCGGGGGAAGCAGCACGGCUGGGAGCAAAAAAGGAGCAGCAGGAGCGAGAGGAGGAGGGAAGGCAGGUGGUGGGGGUGCUGGUAAGACAGCAGCAGCAGCAGCUAAGAAGAAGCAGACUACGAGUAAGCUAGUGGUUGCCAAGGGGAAGAGUGGCGGUGGGGAGGAUGAUGGUGAUGAUGAUGGUUGGAAUUUUGAUGAGAUGUAA